GGGGACGUUGACAAGUGGAUCCAAGAUGGCGUAGAAAGUAAUGACAGGAAUUGGAUGAAGUAAUUGAUCACUAAAGAACUACAGUGCUGGUGAGAUGUGUAAGAUUGAGGCAUUCUAUUGACAUUUUGCCUUACAAAAAAAAACAAAAACAAAAACAAAACAAAACUUGGGAGAGGAAGGUGGACGUAAAUCAAGAUCCUUUUAAAUUAUAAAGAGCUCUGAUGGGCUAUUUGGGUGAUACCCAGUGCAGUGAACUGCAGGAUUUUUGUCCCUGAGUCAUGGAAGACAGAAGAGCUGAGAAGUCAUGUGAACAAGCGUGCGAAUCACUUAAGAGGCAGGACUAUGAAAUGACCCUCAAGCACUGCACAGAGGCCCUCCUUUCUCUUGGCCGGUACUCCAUGGCCGACUUCACAGGGCCAUGUCCACUGGAGAUAGAAAGCAUCAAAAUUGAGAGUCUUCUUUACAGAAUUGCCUCAUUUUUGCAACUGAAAAACUAUGGGCAAGCUGAUGAAGAUUGUAGGCAUGUGCUGGGAGAAGGCCUGGCCAAGGGAGAUGGUGCCUUUCAGGCAGUGCUUUGCUGCAUGCAACUGAAAGGAAAGCUUCAACUGGUAUCCAACAUUCUUGCCAAGUCACUGACAGGAGAGUCCCUGAAUGGGAUGGUAACAAAGGAUUUGACAAGACUAAAAACACUUCUCACAGAAACAGAGACAGCAACUAGUAACGUCCUCUCUGGAUAUCACGUGGAAGACUUGGAAGGGGGAUCUUGUAAUGGUUGGCAUUUCCGCCCACCACCUAGGGGAAUCACAAGCAGCGAGGAAUAUACUUUGUGUAAAAGAUUUUUAGAGCAAGGAAUCUGUAGGUAUGGUGCGCAGUGUACUUCAGCACAUUCCCAGGAAGAACUAGCAGAAUGGCAGAAAAGAUAUGCUUCACGCUUGAUAAAAUUGAAACAGCAAAAUGAGAAUAAACAGCUCUCAGGCAGUUACAUGGAAACCUUGAUAGAAAAGUGGAUGAAUUCAUUAUCUCCUGAGAAAGUGCUUAGUGAAUGUAUAGAAGGAGUAAAAGUAGAGCAUAAUCCUGAUCUGUCGGUUACUGUCAACACCAAAAAAUCUCACCAGACAUGGACCUUUGCUCUUACUUGUAAGCCUGCAAGAAUGCUGUAUCGUGUAGCAUUGCUUUAUGAUGCUCAUCGUCCUCAUUUUAGUAUCAUUGCAAUAUCUGCCGGAGAUAGUACUACCCAGGUAUCACAAGAAGUCCCAGAAAACUGUCAAGAAUGGAUAGGAGGAAAGAUGGCCCAAAAUGGAUUAGAUCAUUACGUGUAUAAAGUCGGGAUAGCAUUUAACACAGAAAUAUUUGGAACUUUUCGCCAAACCAUAGUUUUCGACUUUGGAUUGGAACCAGUACUCAUGCAAAGAGUAAUGAUUGAUGCAGCUUCUACAGAAGAUCUUGAAUACCUGAUGCAUGCAAAACAACAGCUAGUAACCACAGCUAAGCGUUGGGAUUCUUCUUCUAAGACUAUUAUAGAUUUUGAACCUAAUGAAACUACUGAUUUGGAGAAGAGCCUUCUUAUCAGAUACCAAAUUCCUCUCUCUGCUGACCAGCUGUUUACCCAGUCCGUUUUAGACAAAUCAUUGACCAAGACCAACUAUCAGUCACGGCUGCAUGACCUUCUUUAUAUUGAGGAGAUAGCCCAGUAUAAAGAAGUUAGCAAGUUCAACCUUAAAGUGCAGUUGCAGAUUCUGGCAAGUUUCAUGCUCACUGGAGUUUCUGGAGGUGCAAAGUAUGCUCAGAAUGGACAACUUUUUGGUCGCUUUAAGCUUACUGAAACACUUUCUGAAGAUACUUUGGCUGGACGGCUGGUGAUGACCAAAGUCAAUGCUGUUUAUUUAUUACCAGUCCCUAAAGAGAAGUUAGUACAGACCCAGGGAACCAAAGAGAAGGUUUAUGAAGCUACUAUUGAAGAAAAAACAAAAGAAUAUAUAUUUUUAAGGAUAUCCAGGGAAUGCUGUGAAGAACUUAAUCUUCGGCCUGAUUAUGACACACAGGUUGAACUUCAGUUUCAAUUAAAUCGAUUACCCCUCUGUGAAAUGCAUUAUGCGCUAGACAGGAUCAAGGACAAUGGGGUUUUGUUUCCAGACACCACUAUGACUCCAACCAUACCUUGGAGUCCCAACAGACAGUGGGAUGAGCAGUUGGAUCCUCGGCUAAAUGCAAAACAGAAAGAGGCUGUUCUGGCCAUUACAACUCCACUUUCAAUACAGCUGCCUCCUGUUCUCAUCAUUGGACCCUAUGGGACAGGCAAAACAUUCACUCUAGCUCAGGCUGUCAAGCACAUACUCCAGCAGCAGGAGACGAGCAGGAUCCUCAUUUGCACCCAUUCUAAUAGUGCUGCUGACCUCUACAUAAAGGAUUAUUUACAUCCAUAUGUAGAAGCAGGCAAUCCCCAGGCAAGACCUCUCAGGGUAUAUUUCAGAAAUCGCUGGGUAAAGACUGUCCACCCAGUUGUGCAUCAGUACUGUUUGAUCUCGAGCGCACAUUCCACCUUUCAGAUGCCACAGAAAGAAGAUAUUCUUAAACACCGAGUGGUUGUUGUUACAUUGAAUACUUCCCAGUACCUCUGUCAGUUGGACCUUGAACCUGGGUUUUUUACACACAUCCUGUUAGACGAAGCUGCCCAGGCCAUGGAGUGUGAAACCAUUAUGCCUCUAGCGUUAGCAACUAAAAACACUCGGAUUGUCUUGGCUGGUGACCACAUGCAGCUCAGUCCUUUUGUUUACAGCGAGUUUGCCAGGGAGAGAAACCUUCAUGUUUCAUUACUUGAUCGACUCUAUGAGCAUUACCCUGCCGAGUUUCCAUGUAGGAUCCUCCUAUGUGAGAACUACCGCUCCCAUGAAGCUAUCAUCAAUUACACCUCUGAGCUCUUCUAUGAGGGCAAACUGAUGGCCAGUGGAAAGCAACCAGCACACAAGGAUUUCUACCCACUAACUUUCUUUACAGCACGAGGGGAAGAUGUACAAGAAAAAAAUAGCACAGCUUUUUAUAAUAAUGCAGAGGUGUUCGAAGUGGUGGAACGUGUGGAAGAGUUGAGAAGGAAGUGGCCAGUAGCAUGGGGGAAGUUGGAUGAUGGCAGUAUUGGUGUGGUGACGCCAUAUGCUGAUCAAGUGUUCAGGAUACGUGCUGAACUUCGAAAAAAGAGAUUAUCUGAUGUUAAUGUAGAAAGGGUGCUAAAUGUUCAAGGAAAACAGUUCAGAGUUUUGUUUCUUAGUACAGUACGUACAAGGCAUACUUGUAAACAUAAACAGACACCGAUUAAAAAGAAAGAGCAGCUGCUGGAAGAUUCCACAGAGGAUUUAGAUUAUGGUUUUUUAUCUAACUACAAACUUCUCAAUACUGCCAUCACAAGAGCACAAUCCCUGGUUGCUGUGGUGGGUGAUCCCAUUGCUCUGUGCUCUAUUGGAAGAUGCAGGUAUUUGCAUAGGAUUAGGAAAGUGGUUAUUGUUCUCCUAAUAUUAAAUGUGUUUAAAUUACUAUACUUCUGUUUUUUUUCUUUAAAGGGGAAAAGCCUCCAUCAUACCCAGAAUGAUCAUUUCCAGAAUGAUGGAAUUGUUCAGCCCAAUCCUUCUGUACUUAUUGGCAAUCCUAUUAGAGCAUAUACUCCUCCACCACCUCUUGGACCUCACCCAAAUUUGGGGAAAUCUCCAAGCCCUGUUCAAAGAAUAGAUCCUCACACUGGGACAAGUAUUCUUUACGUACCUGCUGUCUAUGGAGGGAAUGUAGUUAUGUCGGUGCCUUUACCUGUACCAUGGACAGGGUACCAGGGCAGAUUUGCAGUCGAUCCUCGGAUCCUUACACACCAGGCAGCGAUGGCCUACAAUAUGAACCUCUUACAGACACACGGACGGGGGUCUCCCAUACCAUAUGGCCUUGGGCACCACCCGCCUGUCAGCAUAGGGCAGCCACAAAACCCUCAUCAGGAGAAGGAGCAGCAUGAGCCAAGUCGAAAUGGUAAAAGUGAUACAAAUAACCCUGGACCUGAAAUUAAUAAGAUUCGAACACCAGAGAAAAAACCUACAGAAUCAAAACAGAUUGAUUUGGAAUCAAAUCCACAGAACAGAAGUCCUGAGUCGCGUCCUGGUGUUGUUUAUCCCAAUACCAAAUUUCAUCGCAAAGAUAAUCUCAACCCGAGACACAUAAAUCUUCCUCUCCCUUCUCCCCAUGCACAGUAUGCAAUCCCCAGUCGUCAUUUUCAUCCCCUUCCCCAGCUACCCAGACCACCGUUUCCAAUUCCGCAACAGCACGCUGCCUUGCUAAAUCAGCAGCAGAGUAAUUUGCCUGAACAACCAAAUCAGAUGCCACCCCAACCAAAUCAGGUAGUCCCGCCACAGAAUCCGUUGAACCAGCUGACUCAGCAGCCACCUCCUCAACUUUCUCCUGCCUAUCAGGCAGGACCCAACAGCGCUUUCUUUAAUAGUGCGGUUUCUCACCGACCACAGUCCCCUCCUGCAGAGGCUGUGAUUCCUGAGCAGCAUCCCCCUCCCAUGCUGCAAGAAGGCCACAGUCCUCUGCGAGCCAUCGCACAGCCCGGCCCCCUCCUUCCUUCACAUCUGAAUAACUUCACUGAUGAGAACCCCCCAGGAUUGCCUAUAGGGGAGGCUUUAGAUCGUAUGCACGGGGGUGUAGCUCUAGAAACACUAAGGCAGCAGCAGCAAGUGCGGUUACAGCAGUGGAACGAGCAUCACGCCUAUCUCAGUCAGGGCAGUAUUCCGUACCCACACCACCACCAUCCUCAUCCUCACCUCCAGCAUCUUCCUCAGCCGCCCGUGGGGUUACAUCAGCCGCCAGUGAGAACAGACUGGAAGCUCCCCAGCAGUGCCGAAGAUGAAGCAGAAACAACAGACUCAAGGUUUCAAGACUUAAUCAGAGAACUAUCUAAUCGUGAUCAAAGUGAAACACGGGAACUAGCUGAAAUGCCACCACCUCAAUCAAGACUUUUGCAAUAUAGACAAAUUCAGACUAGGAGCCCACCAGCAGUCCCAUCUCCCCCAUCCAGCACAGACCACAGUAGCCACUUUUCUAACUUUAAUGACAACAGCAGAGACAUUGAAGUAGCCAACAACCCAGCAUUUCCACAGCGCCUACCGCCCCAGAUAUUCAGCUCGCCUUUUUCGUUGCCAUCUGAACACCUUGCCCCUCCUCCCUUGAAAUACCUGGCACCUGAUGGAGCAUGGACUUUUGCUAACUUACAACAGAAUCACCUAAUGGGGCCGGGUUUUCCCUAUGGCCUACCUCCAUUGCCUCACAGGCCACCGCAGAACCCUUUUGUACAAAUACAGAAUCAUCAACAUGCUAUUGGUCAAGAGCCAUUUCACCCAUUGUCAUCUCGAACAGUAUCUUCUUCUUCGCUCCCUAGCUUAGAAGAGUAUGAACCCAGAGGACCUGGUCGGCCCUUGUACCAAAGAAGAAUCUCAUCUAGCUCAGUCCAGCCUUGUUCUGAAGAAGUAAGCACUCCUCAAGACAGUCUUGCUCAGUGUAAAGAGCUUCAGGACCAUAAUAACCAAUCUUCUUUCAACUUUUCAUCCCCGGAGUCCUGGGUAAACACCACCUCAUCUACCCCCUAUCAGAACAUUCCGUGUAAUGGAUCCAGCAGGACAGCUCAGCCGAGAGAGUUGAUAGUUCCACCCAAGACCGUCAAAGCCCCUGAGGAUCAGCUGAAGUCUGAGAACCUCGAGGUGUCCAGUUCCUUCAACUAUAAUGUGCUGCAGCACCUCGGCCAGUUCCCCCCUCUCAUGCCCAACAAGCAGAUGGUGGAGUCGGCCAACAGCAGUAGCCAGCAGGGCUCUGGGGGCAGCAAGCCCACCAUGUCCUAUGCCAGCGCUUUACGGGCCCCUCCCAAGCCCAGGCCCCAGCCUGAGCAGGCCAAGAAGAGCAGCGACCCCCUGUCUCUAUUCCAGGAACUUAGCCUGGGGAGCUCAUCAGGCAGCAAUGGCUUUUACUCCUAUUUUAAAUAAUCACUUUUUUUUUUCCCUCAAGGGAGAAUGUUUUAAUUUCUGUUUGUAUCAGUAGAAUUAAGAUAGUUGGACUUUAUCUAUAGAUGCACAGUUCCCUUUGUUUUAAUAUUAAAUACGUUUCACUUAAUUGCUUUGCUGCUAGACUUGCAACUAAUUUUUUUAAAAGUAUAUUCCAUUAUUUUGCAUUUUUGACGUGAGUCUUUUGACAGCUUUUAUGUAGAAUAAAAAAUAUUUUUAAAUUUGUGUAUUGUUACAUAUGUUUGCAUCAAGCUAGCAGCUAAGAGGUUAAUUGUGCAACUAUAAAAAAAAGAAAAAAAAACUUUGUCUAAAAUGUAUUUAAAAAGAAAAAAAAUUGUAAGUAGCAUUUACAUUUAUUCAAUAAUAUUACCAUAUGCUGGGUUUCUGUACCAGAAAUGGCCAGUUGAUGUACAAAUGUAUGUUAUUUUUGCUUAAAUUCAUUUAAAAUUUUUUAAAAUAAAGGGGCAGCAUCUUCUAAAUACUUUAAGUUUUAUCAGCUUUUUUUUUUUGUGACAAGAUGCUGCAUUCUAAAACUUUUAUAGUUUUAGACUAUGUAUGAUGUGCUGUUGUAAUCUCCAUCCACUGUAGGAUAGAGUUAAAGGCAUUCUUUGCAGGUGUAUUUUGUAUGCCACUGUUUUUUGUAACAUGAAAAAACAUUGGCAUAUUUAGUUAUUUUUUGGACAAGCUAUACUUCAAGCUUGUUUUUAACGUUAAUUUGAUAGUGUGUGUGUGUUUUUUUUUAAACAAAUCAUGAAGCUGAAAAAUUUUUAGGAUUGUUGGUGCUUAGUAGACUUGAUAACUAUUUUAAAAAUGCGUGAAUUUAGUAAAAUCCUUUUUUUCUCACUAUGCAUGUGUAAAUGUUUGUAAUCUGGCUUUCCCCUCCCCCCUCCAGUGGUAUAAAGAAUUGUGCCGCUUUAA